UCUCUAUAUUUGGAGUAUAAAAAACGCUAUUUUUUUCUAAUUUAUAUCUGCCCUGCAGUAACGUUUCUUAAUCUUGUCGGGAGAAUGAGCGCUAGGGUGGGUUUGACGAGUGCCGGUUAGUCCCCGCUACUAUAUUAGCCGCCCAGAGAAUUGGACCGUUUUACGAGUCAACAAGGAACAAUCCGAACAAAUCUCUUAGCUCCGAUCUCCAUCAACAAAGAAGAAACGCCCAAUCUUCGCCGCCGCCCGUUUCUGAUGAUCAGGUGGAGAAAUGGUUUUCCGGCGAACGAACCAGCUGAAUGACUCCGGCCAGAUUAUCGCCAUCAACUGUCCUCACUUUUGUGAUCCAAAAACGAACCCUAAUGGCCUUUGCCCGCUACCGUGUAUACCUUUAUGCUUCGCGAAUUGCAAAUCGACGUUAAUGUUACCUCAAGAUCCGCCGCCGCCGCCGACGGCGGCGGAUUCCGGCGACUUGAAUUCCCAUCCGGCGAAGCACUUCCGCGCGUCUCUCUUCCUAACAGUCUUUCUCUCCAUACUCGCCACCUCUUUCUUCCUAUUUUCUUUCUACACCGUUAUCAAGCUCUACCGGAAUUGGAGGGCCGGCGGCUCAGGGAGAUCAGAACGGCAUCCCGAAGAAGACGCGCGCGAUUUUGUGGAUGACGAUCACGCGCUUACGGUGGACCAUCCUAUCUGGUACAUCAGAACCGUUGGCCUCCAAUCCUCCAUCAUCAACGCCAUCGCCGUCUGCAAGUACAAGAGAGGCGAAGGAUUGGUUGAAGGAACAGAGUGCGCUGUCUGCUUGAAUGAGUUUCAAGACGACGAAACUCUCCGGCUAUUGCCAAAAUGCAACCACGCCUUCCAUAUACCGUGUAUUGAUACUUGGCUAAGAUCUCACACCAAUUGCCCCCUCUGCCGUGCCGGCAUCGUCUCUAACACGGUGGUUGCCGCCGUGCCGGCCACGGAGCAGAGUUUUCAGAGUUCAGUUCCAGUUCAGGAACCCGAAACCCUAGACGAAGAACAAAUUGAGAUUGAAGAACUAAUUGAAACUGCAGAGAUAGAGAGAGAAGCUCGAAACGAAGAAAUUAGGGCAAAUUAUGCAAUAGAGGAAGAAAACGAAGCUCAAAUCGGAAUCAAAAGAUCAUUUUCACUGGACUCUGUUUCUGCUUUGAUGGUUAGUGCUGCAGUGGUUAAAGCUUUUGCAGAUGAAUCUGCAGGCUCUAAAUCUAAUACUCAGAAGAAGGCAGAGAAGCAAAAGGGAACUUCAUCUUCAUCUUCUUCUUCAUCAUCAUCAUCAUCAUCUUCGUCUUCUUCUUUAAUGCCUGGAUUGAUGAAGAGAUCACUGUCGUGCGGUGGAAAGGUAUUCUCGUCCCGGUACAACAGACGGCCGAGCGCCAUUCUUCCUCGUUGAAGCUUUACUUCUUCAGGGGAUGAAAAAUUCCAGGUUGAAAGUGAAAUAGCUUCAUGUAAUGUAGUGUAAAGGGGAUGAACCCUCCAUGGUUCUGAUCUGAACUAUGUAAUAAGACAGAAAUGGAGGCUGAUACCAAAAGUGGAGAUCAGCCAUUUCUGUCUUCGGAACACACAUGAUAUCCUGUAAUUAUUAAGAAACAUCAAAUGUUAAUCCAUAAUCCUUCUUCAAUAGUAACAUUGUUGGAGUUUGAUUUCCA